AUGUUGUUUGAGAAACUCAAGAUCUACAACACUCCAGCCAAACUGUUGGAGAAGUUACGGGAAGUUCGCAGACAACAAGAACAGGAGGAACAAAUGGGAUCCCAAAAUAAGGAGCCAGAAAAAUAGAAGAUCGUGCGGCAAACGAGCUUACGGAGUACGUGGACUGGCCUUAAUCAAAAGUCUCCCAUUGUUAAAUCGCAACUUGACAUAGUGAAAAUGCGAAUGCCAUCUACCAAUAUGAAUUCAUGUACUCGGAUUACAGAGAUACCCAUUCGACAGAGGAUGCAGAUGCAUACUGCUCGCUACAAUGACAACGAGGAUCUGAAGGAAAUGCAAUAGAACCUUAGGAUGGAAACCAUGUAUGAUCUUUACCAAGGAGAUCAGAAACUUAUCGAUCAACUAAACGAAGAAGCCUAAGUCCUAUCACAAAGGCUUGCCACUAAAGAGGAAGCUAGUCCAGUUCGCCCCUUAAAUCGUAAACAUCAUUAACCAAACCAAAUCCAAAGGCCAUAAAGAAGAGGGGCUACGCUCAUCGCGCCUACAAAACUUGAAGAUCUCAAGAAACAAUAGCCUUACCUCUAUGAGGAUCGUCUGGAUCAGCCUUACGAUGAUUUAUCAGAUCGAGGGAAAUUACUUUUAUCCUACAUGAAUAGUAAAAACCUACAGAAGAUAAAUCAAAAGGAUUUUAGAAGCACUACCAAAAAUUUUAAGAAGCUCGAAGAAUAUGCUUAGUUCUAUAAACAACAACCCAACAUCUAUCUGCAAUUAAAUAAGAGCUCUCAAGUCUACAAUAUCUUUCAAUCUGGCCUUGGCUUGAUCAACUCCAAUUACACCAUCUAAACUGCUGAAUCCCAAGGAAUGCUGAGGAACGAGUCUAAAAUCAGGGUAUUCACAGAAGCUCUCUAAUCUCCUCAAUGUAAAUAGAUCACGCAAUUGAAACUCAGCCACAAUCAAUUAACCUCUCCUAAAAUCAAGAGUUUGGUUGAAAAUUUUCCAUAACAAAUUCAGGAUCUGGAUCUGAAUAACAAUGGAUUGGAUUCCAAAUCCUGCGAAACCUUGGCCAAGUACAUGCAGAAAUCAAGAGUGAAGAAGCUCUCCUUGGAAAACAAUAAAAUAGGAGACCUAGGUGCCAAUUAUCUCUUCGUGGCUUUGCAAGAUAAUGAUUACUUGACUUUGUUGAAUCUAAGUCGCAACAAUUUGACAGACAACUGUACUAAUGAUUUAGCAAAUUAUUUGAAAAAGUCAAAUGUAAUGUUUGAAUUGUAUCUGCACUUUAAUUCCAUCAACAGCAAGGGAGGUGUCAAUAUAUGGAAAGCUCUAUACAAGAAUUCAAGUGUGAAGGUCUUUGACAUCUCUUACAAUCGAACAGCCUCCUUUGAGUGUGCUCAAUAGAUGGCCAGAGUGAUUGCAAAACCAUAUCCUGAGUUGAUGCACAUAGAUGUAUCGCAUAACGGUUUUGAUGAGCCAUCUUCAAUCGAAAUCAUGAAGGCAUUAAAUGUAAAUCAAAAUAUUUAUGGAUUCCAUUAUGAAGGGAAUUGUCCCAAAUUUGCAGUUGAUGCUACUGGCCAUCUCAGAGACAGGGAUUCGGAAGAAUAAACAAGAUAGAAGAAAAUCGAGGAAUGCAGGAAAAACCCAUAAACUUCACUCAGAUUACUGGAUGAUGAUGUGGUUGUUUAGCCAAAGAAGACGAUUCACAAGAAGGAAGAGAUUCAGUAGGUUCAUCGAUUUAGAAGAAUUUGGGGAAUGAAACCAGUCAAAUAGAAUCAAUAGUUUGAUAAAUAACGGGAUUCUUGUUGGAUAUGUGAAGGAUGGGAGGAAGUAAAAUUCACUUGGAGUCCAGGCAAAUCAGGUGGUAUGAACAAUGAUCCUAUCUUCUUACAUGUCAAUUUCGAUGGAUAUCGUCCUGUUCUAAUGAAUCCUCAUCAAGGAGAAUAUCAUUUAUAUCGAAUGUGUCCACCCAAUCAAAGGAUUCUGUAUUUCUUCAGUAAUCCAAUACUGGGGAUCCAAACAACUGCAAAAAAUUAGAUGAUCAUGCAAACUCCAGCCAAUGAUCCGAUUGCCCAAGGGCUUGUAGGAAUUCCUUUACAAUGGAGACAUCUUGAUUGA